AGCUAGGCCUAUGGAAAGGACAGGGAAGGAUUUGUCGGGAUAAGGAUUUUAAAUCAUGGGCUCCUGCAGGUGCUCAUGAAGGAUGAGUAGUAUUCACCUGUGCAUGGACUGAUCCACUGAGGCCACAAGAUGGCAAAAAGUGUCAUGGUAGCCUAUGCCCUGUGGGCAGUUGGCGGUCCGUUGGGCCUCCACCACUUAUAUUUAGGAAGAGACAGCCACGCUCUGCUAUGGAUGCUAACCCUGGGAGGAUUUGGCUUUGGCUGGGCCAGAGAGUUCAUACGUAUUCCUGCAUAUGUUGGAGAAGCAAAUCAAGAUGGAGAGACAGAGAGAAAAACACGUCCCACAGGCCCUCCACCUGUAAGUCCCAUUAGAUUUGUUGGACAGGUGUGUGUUGGGAUCUACUUUGGCACGGUGGCUCUGAUUGGACUGAACUCCCUCAGUUUCUUCUAUUUGAUCGUGCUGCCUUUAAGUGUGGGUGCAGGGGUACAUUUGGUGUCCUCUAUUGGCCAGCAGACUUCUGAUCUCCAAAAGACAUUUACGACUUGUCUUAUAACUUCCCCAAUAUUCUAUGGCAGCACUUUAUCACCUCUCCCUAUAAGCCUGGCUGCCAGUAUUACUGCUGCACAGAACCGCAGGGUCAAACCUCCGCGGCCACCUGGGAGCACACAGAAACUGGGUCCACGGCUUUACAGGCUCGGCCUAGCCUGGCUAGCCUUCUCUGCUCCGCUGGCUUACUGUAUUUUCCAUAACACCACAGCCACACUGUACUACCUGUCUGACUGUGUAGCAGCACUGCUGGAUAUGUUCUGGUUCCUGCCUUGGCUCAGAAAUGUAUUGGAGUACAUUCUUUUAAUGCCAUAUCGGCUCCUGUGUGUUAUUACUGGAGGGGGGGCCUAUGAAGAAGCAUGGAAGAAGGUGCUGGAAAUAUUGCUCAAAGAGUACACUGAAAAAGAAAAAGAGGCACUGCAGGUAUUGUCAUUGGAAGCAGAGGCCUCACUGGAAGAGAUAACUCACAGCUACAGGGAGCUGGCCAAGACAUGGCAUCCAGACCACAAUCCCAGCAAGGAUGCUGAGGCAACGUUUUUGAAGAUAAAGGAGGCUUAUGAGGUCCUUCUGCGUCGGCACAGACCUCAUCGAUUUAAAUAGUUGCUCUUUGUUCGUCACUGACUGGUCUGAUUGGUUGCAAAGGCGAAAUGGGACUCUUGAUAGCAUUGUGUCUAUUUUUCAUGGAACAUAAAUCAAGAGCAUGCACAGAGACUUGCACAGCAUCUCACAGCUGUCUGAUUGGUUAUUUGGCAAAGUUGAUCUGAAACAGCACUUUGCUGCCACGUAGUGGUGCUACAUGUAACAUCAUCAUAAACUAUUCCAUCACAA